AUGAUUAUACGGAAUCGUGUCUUGAAACAACGCAUAAGAAGCGGGCAUCCAACACAACAGGAUCAAGGCCAAAUCCUUCUCAUCAUACUUGACUUCCAAUGUUUCCAAGUCCGCGAUGGUUUCCCUGAUCUCAGCCAAGUGAUCUUCCAGCCAUCCUCUCUCUACCAUGCAAUGGAAAUACAGCAUCUCGAAAAUCUUGUAUUGCGAUUCAGUAGACCAAAUUUUGGUAUGGUUCUCCUUGUAGCCAAUUUCAAGUUUGCAUGUCUAUGGAUAUAUGUCUCUGGAAUAAUUAGUGGAAAAAGAAACACAGGAUUUUAUUGGUCCACAGAAGCCCUCAAUCUCUUAGGUUACGCAUGGAGAUUGUGGAGUGAAAACAAGGCAUUGGAUUUAAUGGAUCCAAUAUUGCUUGAAUCUUGUAAGAAAUUUGAAGUUAUGAAGUGCAUAAAUGUUGGGAUAUUGUUUGUGCAAGAAGAACCUGAUGAUCGGCCCACCACAUCGAAUGUAGUUUUCAUGCUUGGUGGCGAAGCAACAAUUCUUCCGGUUCCUAAUCAACCAGCUUUCAUAAUGAGAAAACCCGUUUCAAACACUUCUUCAUCCUCUACUAAACCGGGUUCAAUUUCCAAUGAGUUAACAAUGUCUGUUGAAGAAGGGCGAUGA